GAUCCAUAAAAAUAGCACAAUCCUUUGAGGAUGCAGACGCCUCACUCUGCGCUCCCCGGCUCAACCUGCUGCUUUUGUUCUGGAGUCUGAUGUUUUCAUAGUUGUCAAGAGCUCCAGAGAGGAUGAGGAGGCUGCUUGUUCAGAUCCUUUGCAUCGCUGAAGUCCUGCUCUGUGCUGCUGACUCUCCACCACCAAACGAGGACAUGCUGAAAAAGCUGUCUGCUGCAGGGGAGCAGUAUGUUGAUGAGGAAAUAAAGCGGGCUUUACUCGGGGUGAAGCGGGUGAAGGAGAUGAUGGAGAGAAAAGAGGAGAAGCACAGACAUCUUAUGGACGCCUUGAGACACAGCAGUGACAAGAAGAAGGGGGCGAUGCAGCUGGCCCGCGAAACAGAGCACAAACUAGAGGAGGCUGAGAAGCAGUGUCAAGACUUAACCAAAUCUUCCUUUGAGGAGUGUCGACCUUGUCUUGAAGACACAUGUAAGGCCUUCUACACCUCUACGUGUCGCCGUGGCUUCACCUCUUUCUCAUUCAAGGUGGAGGAGUUUUUCAGGAAAAUGGCCGCCCAGCUGGAAGCCACAGAGCAGAAUUAUGAUCAAAAUGAGGAGAACGUCGGUCGCACCAACUCACCUGAGAACCAGGUCGCAGAGGAUGAAGAGGAUCUGGAGCUUCUGCAGGCAGAUGCAUCGUUCAGCCAGCUGCUGUCAAACAUCAGCCUCCUGCACAACCGGAGCGUCGCUCUGGUCAAAAGGAUGCAACAGGUGUUCGGCAGCUCCUUCCUGGCGGCCUUCAACACACAGCUCCAGCCUAGCCCGCUGUCAGCCAUGCAGGGCGGCUUGAGCGCUGGCUUCUUCGGGAUGGUGGGUCUGGACCACAUCGUUGAUUCAGUUUAUGACUUUGGGAGGAAUCUGCUCGAAGAUUUCAGCUCCACAGCAGCUGAAGUCUACGAGGAGGUACAAGAAGCUGAGGAGUACUUCCAGCAAACAAGCAGAGAUACAGGACCACUCUCUGUUUUGGGACAGACCCAGAACAGACUCCUGUGCAGACGACUCCGCAGACAAGCAUCAGAGUGCUGGCAGCUCCAAAGUUUGUGCGAGACAUGUGAAGAUUAUCUCUUAAAGGAGUGUCCCAGUGUGCAGCAGUUACACUCUGAGAUGGAGGAGAUGUACAUGCUGCUCAACGCCUCCCGUCAGCAGUACAACGACAGGCUGCAGCUGGUUCAGAGACACACGGCGGACACACAGCGAUGGCUCGGCGACAUGGAUGACAAGUACGGCUGGGUCAGCCGGCUGUCCAGCAGCACCGUGGACCCACACAACAUCUUCAGCGUGAUCACGGUGAAUCCACAGCAACAGAUGAAGAAUAUCAGACCUGAAGCUGACAGCAUCGUGGCUGUAAUCUUACUGGACUCUGCCCCAAUAACUGUCUCAGUCCCAGCAGAGCUGGAGGUGGAUGACCCUGCUUUUAUCCAGUAUGUAGCUCAGGAAGCUCUGACACUCCAUAAACGGCAGAUACGAGGUCUUGAUCAUGGCACUGUUGUGGCUUAGUUUAUUGUUUGGCUCCCAGCAUCACCUGGCAGAGCUCCAAAUUGAAUUUGAGCAAAAUGAAUUUUGUGCUAAUUUGAAACUGCCAACUUUACGCUGCAACAAAUCCCUGAGCAUUUCUUCAAAUGUAAUCUUAUUCUGAGAAACACAAUGCAAAUGGGAUGAUAUGUUUUAAUCCAAAGUGAUGAGGUAACUAAGAAACCAUUAUGAAUUUCACCCUUCCCUGACUUUGAAUUAAAAGAUUAAUGGAUCCAUAUGCACUGCAUCACUGGUGUUUGUAACCAUAGGAAUAUUAAUAUGGGAAUAUAUAAUAUAACUUUGACUGACUUGUGUUGACUUUUCCAGUUUAAAUUGUGUUCAAUUUUCUUUUUUUUUUCUUUAAUGGAAUAUUCACACAUUCUCGUCAGAUACUGACUGAUGACUCCAGUACCAGUUGUCUUGACCAAAU